AGAAAUCGAAGCUCCAUGCCAAAAAACAAGAGAAAAGAAAUAAUAAGAAAAAAGAAGAGACAUUAGACACUUGGCGCAUCCAGCAAGCCCUAGCACGCGAAGAAGAAGGAAGCAAUCUAGGAAGUGUAACACAAAUAGCAAUAACAUAAAAAAGAUAUUUACCAACAUGGGGAGUAACAUCAACUUCAAGAGCUUAGGUAAUGAACCUCCAAACGAUGCCAGUAAGCCACUAGCUGGGAAUUUUUCUUUAACGCGUCAACCCUCAAUCUAUUCAUUAACAUUUGAUGAGUUUCAAAGCACUAUGGGUGGUAGUUUAGGUAAAGAUUUCGGAUCAAUGAACAUGGAUGAGUUGUUAAAGAAUAUAUGGACUGUAGAAGAGACACAAAGCAUGGUAGCCUCCUCUAGUGGCAACCAAGAUGGUAUUAAUGGUUUGCAAAGGCAAGGAUCGUUAACGUUGCCCAGAACUUUAAGUCAAAAGACUGUUGAUGAGGUAUGGAAAAAUAUUUCUAAAGAGUUUGUUGUGAAGGAUGGAAGUGGCGGCGGUCAAGGACCUAGUAAUAUGCCACAGAGGCAACAGACUCUGGGAGAGAUGACACUGGAAGAAUUUUUGGUCAGAGCUGGGGUUGUUAGGGAAGACGUGCAGUUGGGUGCUGGCGUUGGAAAGGUUAACAAUAAUGCUGGAUUUUUUGGUGACUUACAACAGUCAAGUAAUAAUGCUGGAUUUGGGUUUCAGCAGAUGGUCAAGGGUGUAAAUUUGAUGGGGAAUCAAAAUUUGGAUAACGGUAAUCAAAUAACCAUUCAGUCUUCAAAUUUGCCGUUGAAUGUCAACAGUGCUAGAUUGAAUCAGCACCCACUUGCUCAACAGCAGCAGCAACAACAACCGCAACACCCUCAAAUAUUUCCCAGGCAGCCUGCAGUGGCAUUUCCGAUGCCUUUACAAGGUAGCCCAGGAAUUAAGAGUGGAAUUAUGGGCGUAGGUGAUCAGACGAUGACCAGCUCUUUGGUUCAGGGUGGUGCUCUUCAGGGUGCAGGGAUGGGAAUGGUUGGCUUGGGAGCUGGGCCAGUUGUUGCAACAGGGUCACCUGCAAAUCAGUUUUCAGAUGGAAUUGGGAAGAGUAAUGGGGAUACAUCUUCAGUUUCUCCUGUUCCUUAUAUGUUUAAUGGAGGUUUACGGGGGAGGAAAUUCAAUGGGAAUGUGGAGAAAGUUGUUGAGAGGAGGCAGAAGAGAAUGAUAAAAAAUAGAGAGUCAGCUGCAAGGUCUCGGGCUCGCAAGCAGGCAUACACUAUGGAAUUAGAAGCAGAAGUUGCAAAGUUAAAAGAGGAAAACCAAAAACUGCGGAAGAAACAAGCAGAAAUCAUGGAAAUUCAGAAAAAUAAGGUGCUGGAGACGAUGAACGCACAACAGGGAGCAAAGAAACGGUGCUUGAGAAGGACACAGACUGCUCCAUGGUAAAGUGAGGGGCGGGAUUACGGUGGUUGAAAUUAUGUAUGGUGGUAGCUGUACAUAUACGAGGUAAAGAUGUAUUCGGCUGUAGAUCAAAGAAAAGAAAAUUUUAGUGUGGUGUAGAUUAGUGUUCCAAUAUUAUAUAUAUAUGUAUCUGCUCCUGUCUUAAUAUCAUGAUUAGUUAGGGGAAGGAGAGCAUAAUAUCUGCAGCUUGUUAGUUAAUUACCGUCCGAUAUAGUAUAUUGGGCUUCCUAUAAUAUUUUUGUCAGCAGUAGUUUAUUGUAUUACGCCAUUUCUAUCUGUCUUGAAACAGAAACAGGAGCUGUUUAAAGUUUAGACAUAUUACGAGUCUACAAAUGCGUUUAACACA